AUGGACAUCGUGGUAUCGACUGUAAACUACAUCAGAAAAAAUGGAUUGACUCAUCGUCAAUUUCAACAGUUUCUGUCAGAUACGGAAGCAAAUCAUCGAGAUGUUGUUUAUUAUUCUGAAGUGCGAUGGUUAAGUAGAGGCGCAGUGCUAAAAAGAUUUUUUGAUCUCAGAAAAGAAAUCAAUACUUUUAUGAAUGAAAAAGGCAAAUCUAUUCCAGAGCUGACAGACACUCAAUGGUUAAUAGACCUUGGAUUUUUGACAGAUGUAACUCAUGAAUUAAAUACGCUAAAUGUGAGGCUUCAAGGUAAAAAAAAACUAAUUUCUGAUAUGUACACAGACGUAAAAGCAUUUCAAAUGAAAAUUAAACUCUUUAUAAAACAUAUUGACGAAAAAAAGUUGGAUCAUUUUCCGAAUUGUAAAGAGGCUGUUGAGGAAGCUGGAAUUAAUUUUCAUUGGAAAAUUGAUAAAAUGAAGGAUAUUUUAAUACAACUGCAAUCUCAAUUCAGCGACAGAUUUGGUGAUUUUGAAAAAGUUUCAAGUAAACUGAAGGUGUUUGCAAACCCUUUUCCAUGUGAUAUUGAGGAAGUACCGAGUAAUUUACAAAUGAACAUGAUUGAUCUCCAGUCUAAUUGA